ACUUUUCGUGUAAAAGGGACAGUGUAUGCUGACCCCUUUUCCCUGCUCCUUUACGAAAUAAUCCUGAAGGCAUUCUCAAUACGUGGCCGAAAGGAUUUAUGGCCAGCACUCCAGGCUGGGUUGCUCAGAACACAGUCCUCAGGGUAACUUCUGGUACUAAUGGAAGCAUCUUCGAGCAGUGCUCCAAGGUGUAGCUCCCCGUCCUCCUGUUUCCUUCCUGCCUUUUGAAGCCUCUGACUUGUUUCCAGUUUUAUUAACAGCAGAGGGCUGGCUGUGUUGGAAAAUGAUGGUUUUUUGCUCGAAGCUGUGGAGUUGUUUUUAUUUUGUGGGAAAGGAGAGGCAUUGCCCUGGCCAAAGCUUGUAAAAAGCUUGAGGGAGAUGUCAGGUGCUUGAAUACGUGUGAGUUUGAGGAAGGUGAUUUUUGCAAACUUGCCUGAGGUUUUCAAAGGUACAGAACUAUGUAGGGUGAACUGCAUUCAGAAAUAGUUGCUCAGGAAGAUAUUUAGAUGCUAGAGUUCAUAAAAGGGCUUCUGGGAAGAGGAACUAGGAAGCAGAGAGAAGAUCUUUUAGUGUUAGUAAGUAAAAAGGGAAAUACGUAGGGGAAAUGCCCUAAAUACGUAGUUUUUGCUAACUUUCCCUCUGGCUUUCAUUGAUUUCACAACAUCAGAGGGCAAACUGAAAGCAUUCUGUGCAGAACUGUUUCCCCACGUGCUUUCACACUGGAUUUGUUCGUGGCAAAGGACAUUUCUGAGUGUGCUGCAGCCUGAGAUGCAUCCUGAUAUUCCAUCUGGGGACCUGAACAGCAAUUUAAAUUCAAGGGUGUCGGAGGUCAGCUCAUUUCAGAAGCAUGGUUUGGGACACCGGGGACCUCAUUUUAAUCCUCCCCCACCAAAUUUCCAUGGCAAAUGCUGCCGUGGUCCUACAGGCACCUUGUGUCUGGGCUGGAGCACGGCUUCAUUUCCCGAGCAUCGCCUGCCCUUUGUACUUAACGGGGAAAAAAAGAGUGUGGUGGUGUAAUAAAAAAAGUCCUGGGCUGCAGCAGUGUGGGGAAACUGCUAUUGUGUAAGCAACCCGAGCGCUGCUCCUCCUCGGCUUGGGUUAUUUGACUUAGAGAGAGGAACUUUGAAAAUACAGCUCCAUUUUGGGCAGAAUCGGGGCGAGGGCUGAGCCGGCUGUAGGAAAGCAGCACAGCCUGUUCCUGGAGAGAUCUUCUCGCUCCUAAUUAGCGCAGCGAGGAGGCCGGGAGGGCGAGUGGCAGGAGUAGGAGAGCUUCAUCUCCUGGGGGUUUUGGUAGAAAAUCUAUGGGCUGCAGAAGUUUGUCUUCAGCACUGAGGGUUUUUUUUUCUUUUUCCGUGUGAAAAACAAUCCAAGCUUGCAGAUGAGGCCUCCUUUAAGUUCCUAUUUGUGAGAGAUUUUGGGCAACCUGAAUAAAUUGCAAACGUGUGGUCAACAGAGAUCAAAUAUGACUCUGAAGGAGCUAUUCCUAAGCAGCCGUUAUGGCCAAAAAUGACCUUAAAUAAGACUCCAGUGGUUUGUUUGAAGCAGCAGAAAGCGAGUCCUGGAUGCCCAACCCGAAUUCCCGAGGGAGCCCACCUCGUUACCCUGCCGAGGACUGCGGCACCGCAGCGGAGGGGAGCGGCAGUGUAGACUGUCCCUUUUCAGAGGCAUUCCCUUCUGCUUUCCCAGCAGGGGUUCCUCCUGUGCAUGACUGGUUUUGCUGCCUGUGAAGGGUCUGGGAAGUCUGUGUCUCUUUCCUUGGUCGUUCCGAAUGCUGGCCUUGCGUUUCAGGUGCCCUGGGGUUGGAAGGUGGUGAACAGCCACAGCCUUGCUGGAAGGAGCGGAUGCAAAUGUCUCUUUCCAGUCCCAGGAGACCACCCCUAGGAAUCAUUGCUGCCUAAUUUCUGAUUCUGUGUGUGUCCAAAUUCAAAUUUGGAGGGAAAGAUAUAUGCAGAACAACUUCAUCUAUGCCCAGCUGUGAAUUUGGGCCCCGCUGUGUAUACAGAUAAACAAAUCACCCCAGAAGGAGAUGGUUUUUAAAGCUCUUUAUUAAAAUGCGCUCGUGAGAGGUCCUGAGCCGCAGUAUUUAUCAGCUGUGGGCACGUUAUAAGCAUCUUCCUGUGCUCUAACACCCACCUCCAUUUGCCAUGCAGACUCUGUUUGCAUUUGCCUGUGUUAAUAUGUAGACUUCAUAAUAAAUUACCUCGAGCUGCUCCUAAUGCAAGCUUCUCCACUGCCAAAGGAGGUUUGGGUUGGUUUCCUGGGCUGUAAUGACUUCCAUCACAACCCUCAGUUUGAAAAUGUUUAUUUCUUCAGCACUACAAAAGUGAUAUAAAAUCCCAGGAGGGGUGUAAAAUGACAUUUCCCAUGCGCAUUAUAAAGUUAGCUUUAAAGAAAGGAAAUUAAACCCCAUUCUAAACCCCCUUAUUCCCUCCCAAAUCCCUUUUCGUCCCUGUUUCGUAGCACAGAGGGACCUGCCCUGCCUGUUUCUCCCCAUAGGGCUGAAAGGCCUAUUUUAAUCUGCCUCUGACAGCCUUUUUAGGGUUAUUUAUUCGUAGGGGAGCUGUCUGCUGUGUUAAGCACCGAGUGUCAAGCUGUACACCAGCACCACGCACUAAUAGUGCGUAAUCACCACGUGCACUGCUCCGUGUUCUGUGCACAAGCAGUAAGGGGUGUUCCCCCCCCAGAAAAUUCCCUAGCUCAUCAGUAUUGGCUGUGUUAAGCUGGAGGAUUUAGGCAGUGAGUUUAAAAUGCAGCCGGUGUUUAUAGGGGAAAUAAAAGCAGGCGGGAGAUUUGCGAGAUCUCAGGGGGUUGCUCUCUGUAAAAUCCAUCUCAGGCAAACACUCCUCUAGAUUACCAGCUCCCCUUGCUUCGUAGAGAUACUUCAUUUUUAGAGAUGCGUAUCCCCAAACUGCAAUAAUAGGGAAGGUCAUGUUCACCUUAUAAAGCCAGCAAACUCAGAACAAGCGAAGAGAUUUUGAGCAAACAUACAAUACAGAUUUUAUACAACCCCUACUGCGGGGUGACAAAAAAAGACCAUUUCUUUUCACACUGAGCACUGCAUUUUGACUUUUUCCUCUGCCUAUUGCUACCCAUAAAAGAAAUGAAUGAGGAGAUGUCUUUAAAGAGUUUGUAUAAGUGAGGGUGGUCAGUUGGGACUGAAAGAGAACUGCUUUGCAGCAAGCUGGCUUCACCAUUCCAAAUAUUCCUGGUUUUAUAUCGGGCAGUACUGGUAACCUUCAGGUUUAUUUCAAAAAAAGGGAACAAACGCAGUAUGAUGACGCUUGUGAAUAGGAGGUUGUUAUGGCUCACCCCAAAUCCCUCACUUACUUACAAAACCUUGCAUGCACUUAGAUUUUUUUCCCUGUUGUUUGGGAAGGCAUCGGUCACUGGUAAGUGUUCACACAAGGCGAGAAAUUCCUAAAGCUCUGGUGCACCUGAGCACAAAGGUGGGAGCAAAACACAGCCACGUAACGAGAAUAAAUGUGCCACGUGCAUGGUUUUUUCCUCCAGAUCGAAGCACAAACUGUCAACGUUAAGUGGCUCACCAAGAAUAUGCUCUUCCCAAAGAGGCAAAGCAAGUGCUGCUCGUUAAGGAGCUUUGGAAAUGGAUCUGCGAGGGUUUUGCUGAUGGGGCUUUUCUGGCUGCACCUUAGGAGUGCAGAGCAAGCACUGACUUGGUGACCAUCUCUGCCUUUGCAUUUGCAAAACUACAUCUUUUUUGGAUUUGCUUAAUUAAGCAUUAACCAGAUUGGGCGUGUGCUUUGGUGCUUUAACCACAGGAUAUCCCAAGCGAUGGCACGUCUGCGGUGCUUGCCCUGUGCAGCAGUAUCAGCGCAGGGCUCCAUCCCACCCCAACACGUUUCACUCUUCAUUCAGCCCUGGAAAAGCCAUUUUUUAACCCGAAGUAGAGGUCACGGUUAGCAAGCAAAGGAAUGAACAAAUGUUUGUGUUUUUUUCCCCCAAAAAUUGUUUGUACCUGGAAGCUUUGGUUCAGCUCGUGUAUGUUUGCCCGUGCCUGGGAGCUGUAUCAUGUAUUUGGCUUGAGGGAUGCUCCAGUAACUCAUUGGUUUUGGGGCAGAAUAUGUGAAGUUUGUGUCAUAUCUUUGGGUGCUUUGCCUGCUUGUGAUCUCCGUUCAUAAACACAAGUCUGGGGGACUGUCUGCGUAUGGCUUGCAACUUCAUUUUCUGCAGCACAGGGAUCGGGGGGAGGCUGUUGGCUGUUACUGGGUGCCACUGAAAUGUAUGUUUAACCCACAUGGCUUAAAAUACUGGGGGAAAAAUAGCAUUUUUUUCAUGAGAGGCACUUGUCUUUGAGCUGCUGAUUGCUGGGCUUGGGUCUGGAUUGGGAAGGGCAAAACCAAGCUUUGUAUUUCAAAAAACAGCUACAUUUUUUUUUUAACCUGUUGUUGGUGUUUGGUGAUAUCGUAAGAUAAUUUGCCUGAGUAUAAUGAGUUGUUCCACCAAGACUGGCAGCUUCUCACUGAACUUAGAGCCGUGCUCGUGCUGAAAUCAAUGAAGUUGUCCCAGGAGCGAGAGAAGUUUGCUGAUGAAGACAGCAUCUUUUAUGCACUCGGAGAAUGCGGACUCAUUUCUUUUUCUGACUACAUUUUCCUCACGACAGUCCUGUCCACUCCCCAGAGGAAUUUUGAAAUCGCCUUCAAGAUGUUUGACCUGAACGGUGACGGCGAAGUGGACAUGGAAGAGUUCGAGCAGGUCCAGAGCAUCAUUCGCUCCCAAACCAGCAUGGGCAUGCGCCACAGAGACCGGUCGACCACUGGGAACACCCUGAAGACCGGCUUCAACUCUGCGCUGACCACCUACUUCUUCGGGGCGGAUCUGAAGGGGAAGCUCACCAUCUCCCACUUCCUGGAAUUCCAGCGCAAGCUGCAGCACGACAUCCUCAAACUGGAGUUCGAGAGGCACGACCCGGUGGACGGGCGGAUCACGGAGCGGCAGUUCGGCAGCAUGCUGCUGGCCUACAGCGGGGUGCAGUCGAAGAAGCUCACCGUCAUGCUGAAGCAGCUCAAGAAGCACUUCCAAGACGGAGAGGGGCUGACGUUUGAGGAGGUGGAGAGCUUCUUCACGUUUCUGAAGAACAUAAACGACGUGGACACGGCGCUGAGCUUUUACCACAUGGCUGGAGCCUCGCUUGAUAAAGUGACCAUGCAGCAGGUGGCCAGGACGGUGGCGAAGGUGGAGCUCUCGGACCACGUGUGCGACGUGGUGUUCGCGCUCUUCGACUGCGACGGGAACGGCGAGCUGAGCAACAAGGAGUUCGUGGCCAUCAUGAAGCAGCGCCUGAUGCGGGGCCUGGAGAAGCCCAAGGACAUGGGCUUCACCCGCCUGAUGCGCGCCAUGUGGAAGUGCGCCCAGGAGACCGCCUGGGACUUCACCCUGCCCCGGCCUUAGCGGGGCCGCGCCGUGCCCCUUUUGUCCCUUUCAUUCCCUUAACGAGCUGCGAGUUAAUUAAAAAGCUGCCUGCUUUUUUGGGG